CCUGUCUCCGAGCAAACGGAUCAUCUCACGACGCUCCGGCGGCCGUCUCCCUCCACUCGCCAACGGUGACGGAGCCACCUCCAACUGUCUGACGGUUCCUGAGACAUCCAGUCUUCAUUCGCCUUCCCCGGACGCUUAUGAGUCCAGCGAUUCGAGCCAGAAGACAACCGCAAGCGGGCGGUCACGGUCUCCAGGGCGGUCUCCAGCUCUCUCCGGCAAAGGGUACUCUGUCCGCGCCACCCAAUCAACUAACCGCACCGGCUCAUCAUGCGCCGACCGCACAGAGCCGCCGUGGGACCGGCUGACGUCCGUGCUGCGGGAGCGGCCCGACCUGCUGGAGCGCUAUGUCAUGGAGCACGUCGAGCUCGACCAGCUCGAACGGUGGAUCAUCCGGAAAACGCAGCGCACCAAAACAUCACAUGGCUCGGCAACACGGAAAACAAGCUUAUCACGAUGGAAGAGCACAGACUCUGAUGUGCCGCCUCUCCCGCCGCAGUUUUGCGUACACGCCGACAAGCGCAAAAUGCUCCAGGAGCUCACCCGCUCGCUCCCCGACAAACCCGGCAUGGCUAACGUGCUCAACGAGCUGGCCGGCUGCAUCGCGUCGGCCGUGAACGCUGACUUCCAGCGGCUCUACCUGGUCGAGAAGCGCGACGGUCACGUGCACGCCUACGACCCGGAGCAGCAGCAGGUGCUGAGCACGUAUCCGAUCGGGCCCGGCACCGUGCUGGCCGCCCACGUGGCCGCCACGCGGCAGCCGCUGCGCACCAGCACUCCGUUCGUCGACAAGGACAAGUACCCGGAGGGUGUCGGCGCGCCCACGGAGGGCGCGCAGUACGUGAUGGCCCAGCCGGUGCCGCUCUCCGAUGGGGACCUGGUCGCCGUGCUGGAGCUCUACCGCAACGCCUCCAACCCAUUCUACGAGGAAGACGAGGAGAUCGUCAACAGCUACAUCGUCUGGGGCGGCAUCGCGCUCCACUACGCCGACCUCUACCACACGCUCAGCGACCAGCGCAAGGUCCACGACUUCAUACUGGAUGUCACAAAGUCGAUAUUUCAGGACAUGGUGUCGAUGGAUACACUCAUCACAAAGAUAAUGAAUUUCGCUCAGCGGCUAGUGACGGCCGACAGGGCAUCCCUGUUCCUCAUGGACGGUCGGACAAAGGAGCUGUACGCGCGGAUAUUCGAUAUGGGCAACGCAAACGGCGACUCCAGUCCGCAGGCUCAGGAGAUCAGGUUCGCCGUCGGCACGGGCAUCGCCGGCCAGGUGGCACUGAACGCGCAGGGCCUCAACAUCAUCGACGCCUACGCCGACGACAGGUUCAACAGGUCCAUCGACCAGCAGACGGGCUACGUGACGCGCUCGCUGCUCUGCAUGCCCAUCUUCAGCAGGGGCGUCGUCAUUGGCGUCGUCCAGAUGGUCAACAAGACCACGGGAGCCUACUUCACCAAGGCGGAUGAGGAGAAUUUCGAGUUUUUCGCGGUGUAUUGCGGCUUAGCGCUCCACCACGCCAAGCUAUAUGACAAGAUUCGUCGCAGCGAGCAAAAAUACAAAGUGGCGUUAGAGGUUCUCAGCUACCACAACAGCUGCACGGACCAGGAGGUGGCCGACUACAAGUCCACCUACAAUAUGUACCCGUCGCCGGGCCUGAACGACUACAACUACAACGUGUUCGAGACGUCAGAAAAGGACAAGAUCAGGGAUGCUGUGUUCAUGUUCACUGAUCUAUUCGGCACCAGUCGCUUUGACAUCGACUGCCUGAUCCGGUUUACCAUCACAGUGAUGAAAAACUACCGGAGAGUGCCGUACCACAAUUGGACGCACGGCUUCGCGGUGGCAAACAUGAUGUACUGCAUCAUCAAACACAAUCCGAACGUCUUCAAGACUAUUGAGAGCCUAGCUCUGUUCGUGGGGUCGCUGUGCCACGAUCUGGAUCAUCGGGGACGCAACAACAAGUUCAUGCUGGAGACGGACUCUGCCAUCGCGGCAAUAUACAGCACGUCCACAAUGGAGCACCACCACUUCAAUCAGACCGUCACCAUCCUGCAACAGGAUGGCCACAACAUCCUGGGCAAGCUGUCCAGCUCCGAGUACAAGCAGGCUCUCAGCAACAUCAAGCACUGCAUUCUGGCCACCGACCUGGCGCUGUUCUUCCCCAACAAGGCAAAGCUGGCCAGCAUUCUCAAGGAGGGUCUGUUCGACUGGGGCAACUCCGAACACAGGCUGCUGCUGCAGGCGAUCUCCAUGACGGCCUGUGACCUGUGCGCCAGCUCAAAGCCGUGGAAAAUCCAAAUACAGACGGUGGCCGAUAUAUUCGAGGAAUUCUACGAACAGGGUGACGCCGAAAAGCAGGCGGGCCGCAUCCCGCUGCAGCUGAUGGACCGCUCCCAGCAUGACCAGCAGGCGCACUCGCAGGUCGGCUUCCUGACGGGCAUCUGCAUCCCGUGCUACGACCUGCUCUACCAGCUGAUCCCCGAGACGCAGCUGCUGGUGGCCGGCUGCCGCAACAACCUGGCGCGCUGGAUGGACAUGGCCGAGGCCGGCGGCUGGCAGGAGGAGCUCAGUGCCGUCAACGCCCACGGCCGGUCCCGGCAGCCGGCGCUGACCUCGCCCGACCGGCCGGCCACCGGCCAGCCGCCGCCCGAGGAACAGGAGGGAGGACAGGAGGAAGGACAGGAGGAGGAGCAGCCUCCAGAGGACCAACCGCCGGAGGAGCAGUCGCCGGAGGAACAGCCGCCCGACGGCGCCAGCUAGAAGGCCGAGUUGGCCGGCUCUGGCGGAUCAGAGGACCGGCAACGCGCGUCUGUCCCCGUUCAGGGGCAGGCAGGGCCCUCAGCCCAUACUCAGACCCCUCCCCAGGGGCGAGCGGAACCCUUAGUCCACACUAAGGCACUCUGUGCCGCAGUGCCGGAUCGGUGUGGCCAGUCUCACACAGAGACGAAAAACAUUCGCGAUGGUGGCGCAAAUAUGUAGAUAGUGACGUCUGGUCUGUCAUUGCGCCGCCGUACCUCUGUCGGAUCGAUCCUAACGCGAGCUACCACAGCCUCACGUUCCUGUACCCGUCCCAGGAGCGGCAGCACAGUGACACGGCUGAACGGAUCAGCUACCGAGCGGGCCGCUGCGCUCGACUCGGCCCGAGCUCGGACUCGAAGUAAGUCACUCGCACACCACUGUACCCGCACCGGCGUGUCCCUCGCGCGCACCGGCGCGUUCCUCGCGCGCACGGGUGUCCGCUCUGUUUUCGCGCACGGACGACUGUUGUACAUUUAGACGGAGAGGCCGGCCGUAGUCCAGGUUGCUCCGCGCCACCCUGCGGCCCGGUCCCAUUGGCACGGCACGGAUAGCGACUCGGCUCACUGGGAAUGAUGGCAGACGGAGCCCGAUGGGUCCAGUCUGCCCCCAGUUCAGUCAGUUGACCGACCGUUCCGUGCCGCGCUGGACCGGGCCGCCAGGGUAGCGUAGAGCUCUGGCCGACACCGGGUGCCGUGCUCCCACGGCUGGACAAGGGCGCUCCCGCCCGGUGGCCGGUGUCAGAGCGCAAAUACACCCGUGGAGAAUGUGCGUGGGAGCGGCCGUGUAUGUCUGUACAGAUGCCAACCUGCCACACCGCGAUGUCCCAGCCGCCCGUUGUCAUGGCAACAGGGAAAACAAAGCGAACCGCUGGGGCGUGGCAGCACCCUGAGAGAAAGGUCAGCACGGAUAUAUAGCUAUUCAUAUGUAUGUGUGCGAGAGGAUAAUACAAUAAAUAAGUGGAAGGAUCGUC